AAGUACAUGGUACAUGGUGUACGUCGUACAUUGAGAAGAAAAUAACUACUGACGCAUUAUUCAGACGAAAUGACGGGGAUGGACGUUGUCAGCAAAUCGAUGGACGAGGGUCACACGAGGCGCAAUUAUCGCCCAAAGUCAGAAAUACCUGCCUUUUUGAGGUCAGACCCUCAGUGUAAACUGAGUGAAGAAAAAGCAAAGGAAAUUGAAGAUAAGAGGAGGUUCAGACUCAUGAAAUUCCCCACGCUGAGUGGAAGAUUUGACUUUGAUUCUUUUCAGAAAGACAUUCGUAAAUAUCCUGGCUUCAAACGCUGGAACGAAGAAGGAGAUUUUAGACCCAGUGUACCAUGCAGAGACUAUGACAAUAUCGUGGACCCAGUGUCAGGUUUUGUGAGUGCUGGCGGGGAUGUGGACCGUAACACUGGGCAUUCUAAAAUUAAAUCUUUGGUACAGUUACAGAAUACACCUAAUUCUACCGAACCUUCUAAAAUACAUUCGGUUAGGUCACACAGUGCACUCGUACCAACAGAGACCAACAAAAGUCUGCAAUAUGAACCUGGGAUGCCAACUUUGUGGAACAGCAGGAAAAUACCUGAUGCCAGACUCCGUGCCGAUUUAGGGGGGUGGACAAGUGCAAAGGACCCACGGCUUCCAGAAAAACCUAAGCUAAGAGGAACUUUGACAAUCCCAAAGCCAGUUGUAGAACAGAGCAAGGAGAAUAGGGAUCAACUUUCCCUGAAUUACAUGUACACAACAUCUACUUCGAGACAGUACAGGGAAGUACCGUGGGAUGAGAUGUUACAAGCUAAGACGUGGAUGCCUGCAAGCACCCUGGAGCAGAGGCCAGACAUGAUCUCACACAGAUUCUCUACCAAGAAAUAUGACGCCGUGCCACAGGACUGGCAGGCAACUGGGAGAAGUUGGGACUGGUUUCAAGGAAGGCAAACUUACUAUGGCAACAGACCUGUCACUUUUUGUAGCCCUUGUCCCAGAAAACAACAGAUUCCCUUGUACAGUGGCUGCACAGGGGGAGACAACUUGGAGGAGAUUGAUCAUCCUGGGGUAGGGUUUGAGCCAUACACGGUCAAGCGAGUGGACAUUCCCAGAUAUGUGGAGACUGGACAUCGACCAGAUAUCCCAGGCUACACCGGCUGCACCCUUUACCGUGGUCAGUGGGCCCCUAUGAACUCUGGAUAUUCUCCAGGGAUGACGGAGGCAACAACAGCAAAAACCUACAGGAUUCUCCCGAUGAAACCCAACUCCUCAGAGUUCAAACGCGAAUCCGUCAUGUCUAAGAUGAUCACCACAGUUCCCCCUCAUAACCCCUUCAACCAGAUCAGCGCAGAUGAAGUUCCCGCCCAGUGAAUAAGGCCUUAAAAUCCUCACCACAAUAACCUCUCAUAAACAAAAACAGACAAAAAAGCAAAUUUUAUAUCAGUACACAUACUUAUUUAUCAAUGUGUUUUCAAGUGCAAUUUGUUUAUAGAACAUCAUAUACAGAAUAUUUUGGUAGAUGUACAUGGAUUUAGACCUGGUUUCAGCAUUUGAAUGAAAUGGGA